AUGGUAGUUUAUCAGGGUUUGCUGUGCGGUAUUUUUCUCAUGGUUACUAAUGCUUACGGAAACCCAAUGUAUGAAGCUCAUUCAUUUCAUCAUCAAACUGGGCCAGUAGUUGGUCAUCAUCAAGUGGUUGAAUGGAAGGACAAACAUGGACAUUAUCACGAUUAUAAGGCCCAUCCACAUUACAAAUAUUCAUAUGGCAUUCGUGACCAUCAUAAUAAAGAUUUUCAUGGACAGAAAGAACAUCGUGAUGGCAAGAAUGUGGAAGGAGAGUAUCAUAUUCAUGAGCCUGGAGGCAAUAUAAGAAGUGUCAAAUAUUAUUCAGAUCCACACGGUGGAUUCUUCGCAGAAGUUCAUAAUCAUGGUGGCAAUGAUCAUUAUCAUUAA